CACAUUUUUGAGUCUGAGCAUGCACUAUAAAUAGGAUGUGAGGCCUAUGCUUCUUCCUCACCCUAAGCUACAAAUCCAAUAGCUUUGCUCUGAUAGAUCUUUUCUCUCAGUUGCGCAAAGCAUUUUGUAAAGUAGCAAAUUUCUGCUACAUACUAGGAAGAAGAAAAGAAAAAUGGCUUCUCGUUUAUGUUUUACUUUCACAAUAUUGUUGAUGAGCUUGUCAUGCUUGCCAUGUCAUGCACAGCUCUCUUCAACCUUCUAUGACAGGACAUGUCCUUCUGCACUAAGUACUAUAAGGGGUGCUAUUAGUGCAGCUGUCUCGCGUGAACAGAGAAUGGCUGCUUCACUCAUUCGCCUUCAUUUCCAUGAUUGCUUUGUUCAAGGUUGUGAUGGGUCGGUCUUACUGGACGAUACUUCCUCAAUGAACGGCGAGAAAAAUUCACUAAAUAACGCCAAUUCUCUCAGAGGAUUUGAUGUCAUUGAAAAUGUUAAGGCUCAAGUAGAGAGUCAGUGUCCUGGAAUUGUUUCUUGUGCUGAUAUCGUUGCUGUAGCUGCUCGCGACGCAUCUGCUGCUGUUGGAGGACCUUCAUGGACAGUGAAGCUUGGAAGAAGAGACUCCCUGACAGCAAGCAGAGACCUUGCUGAUCAGAACCUUCCUCGCUUUACAAAUAGUCUCAGCGAACUCACUUCCUCGUUCAGUAGCAAGAAUCUAAAUCAAAGAGAUUUGGUUGCCCUUUCAGGAGCACAUACGAUUGGGCAAGCAAGAUGCUUCAGCUUCCGUGACAGGGUUAACAGCAAUGCAAGUGAUAUUGAUCCUGAGUUUGCUAGGUCUCUAAGAGAAGAUCUUCCAUGCCCAGCUGAUGGCUCUGGAAAUGCAAACCUUGCACCAUUUGACGCAGUGACUCCCAAUACUUUUGAUAACAGCUACUUCAGGAAUCUGGUUGAUAGGAAAGGCCUUAUUCAAUCAGAUCAGGUGCUUUUCAGUGGUGGAUCCACAGACAGCAUUGUGAAUGAGUACGUCAGGGACUCUUCAAUAUUCCUGUCUGAUUUUGCAGCUGCAAUGGUAAAGAUGGGAGAUUUAAACCCCUUGACUGGUUCUCAGGGAGAAAUACGAAGGGUUUGCAAUGUUGUUAACUGAUUUGCCCAAGAAUAAGCAAAUCAUUAUUGUCAUGAACAUGUUUUUCUAUAUAUCCUAAAAUAAAUAGUGGAUGAAUAGCUUAAGCAAAAUUCAUUCCACUUGGGCAUUUUGUUAAUGUAAUUUCAAAUUUCAAUUGAAGUGUG